UUUGUUCCUUCUCCCCAAAGAUGCUGCCUUUCCCCGUCGACACUCAAUGGCAUCCCUUACUCCCGGAGUUCUCUCCAACCUCCUCGAACUCGCCGCCGGAAAAGUCAUUUCUUCUUCUUCUUCGCCGUUGUUGUCUUCGCACCGUUUCCCGCUCCUCCAGGUCAUAGAGAUCGUCCCCUGUCUCUCCGACAACCAGUGGCGUAGCGAACGGUUCUUCGUCAAAGUCUCCGACUCUCUCCACGCCGCUUACGUCGCCGUUUCCGCCGCUGACGACGCCGAUCUGAUACGCUCCGACGAGAUACAGCUAGGGCAGUUUGUGUACAUUCGCGGCGGUUUACACGUGGAGAAAGGUUGUCCUGUUCCCGUCGUCCGUGGGCUUAAGCCGGUCCCGAAGCGGCGGACGUGCGUUGGAAACCCUAGCGAUCUCGUCUCUAGCGACUUGCUUCUUGAUUUUACUCCGGUCUCGGUUGAUUCGAUCAAGAAGAAAAGGAAUCUUGGUGACACGAGGAGGUUGAGCUUGGACUCUGCGAGACGGAGUUGCUGGGAUCAUACUAGUCCUCCGGUGACUCGCCGCCGUGACGCAGCAUUGCUUCUUUCUUCUUCCCCACGUCUCAAACCCAAAUUGGUCUUGAGUGAUAAGAAUCUGCCAAAGAAUGAGUCCCCAUCAAAGCACCUUAACUGUGAAACCCCUACCUUAAGAAAUAGAAAUGUGGUUAAGCCUGCAUCACCUAUAUCCAUAGCCAAAUCUCCAAAAGAUGGUAUCAAGCCGUUAUCAAAGGCGGUGACUCCUCCAGUUGCGUAUCAUAAGCUGCCUUCAAGUCACAGGACUUGGUCUGACCAGAGAAUCUCAUGGACUGGACUCCCCAAAACCAUUCAGUCGCUUGGAAAGGAAGUUUCAUCACAUAGACUAGUAGCAGUAAAGGCCGCAGUAAAAGCACUAGAGGAAGCAUCUGCCAUGGAGUCUGUUUUGCUCAGUUUACAAUCCUUCGCUGAACUAUGUGACUCUUCUAAACGUUUAUCAGCGGGACAAGUUGUGCGACGGUUCUUGGACAUCUACCACAGUACACAGAACACAGGAAAAGCAGUCCAUAUGUUACUUACUCACAACGGUUCGUGUAGAUCAGCAGCUAAGAAAAAUGCAGCAGCUUGGGUUCAAGAUGCAGUAGUGACCGGAUUUUCUCAGUUCAACUUAUUUAAAGAGCCUGGAAUACAAGAGGAUGCUGCUUCUUCCCAAGACCAUCAUCACUACAUUAUUAUUCAAAGCUCAUCUGAGAAACUAAGUUCCAAGGAGAAUACAACAAGUCCAAGAAACCAAGCUUACAAGGGUGUGAAACUGCCUUCAAGAAAACAUCGUUCUGACUCUGAGAGAUGUAGUUUAGAAGGUAAAAACAGGUUAAAAGAGUCAUUGAGUUUAGCGGAGGAGCUACUCCGAGUUUCAAGCCAAUGGUUCUUUAAAUAUUUGGAGAACUCACUGAAGAAAGGGACCUUCUUUGUGAAGAAGGAAGAAGCAACUGGAAAAGAGUCUCUUCUUGUCAGCCUUAAAGCAGUAAACUGUUGGCUUGAUGAUCUGAUAAGAAACAGAUGUGAAGCCAGUGAGAAAGUCGAAGAGUUAAGAAAGAAGCUGCAACGUUUUCUACUUAAACAUAUGGAAUCUGCCAUUGGAAAAACAAUGUAACAUAAUCCAAUGUAAAAGCCUUUUUCUCUAUCAGUUUCUGACAUCUUAUGACUUUAUUAGUUACCCUUUAGGUGUUGGCUACAAUGAAUUUGCUUGUAUUAUC